AUGGAAGGUGAAACAAAAGUGUUUCUGCUCGUAUAUGUGGAUGAUAUGUUGCUAUCUGGAAUAUCGGAUGCUAUCGUGAAGAAGAUCGUUCACAGUCUGUUCGAAUUAACGGAUCUCGGUGAAGUUCGCCACUUCUUGGGAAUAGAAGUGCUACGUGGAGAAGAUUGCUACAGGAUACGGCUGAAGAAUUACAUCGAGGAGCUCAUUUCGAAGAACGGUAUGCAUGAAUCGAAGACUACUAGAUCGCCGAUGGAUCAUGGUUUUUUGAAAGAUGGAAACAACAGUGCAGUGUUCGAAGAUGCUACCAAAUAUAGGUGUCUAGUUGGUGGACUGCUGUACUUGUCGGUUGUUGCUCGACCGGAUAUUGCUGCGUCCACGUCGGUUCUUGGUAGAAGUUUUUCGGCUCCCAGCGAAGCAGAUUGGACCGCUGCUAUUUAA